UGGACAACUUUCAGUUGUGUGCUGAUGUCUCACUUACGUAGUGAGGUGUCCCGUGUGUAGAAAGCGAAGAGAAACUCACACCCCUACAACCGUGGAGCUGCUGGUCGCAGUGUUACCGUGUUGCCCUGAGUUGUUCCUGCCUGUAGGAGGUGUUUCCUACGCCGACUGGUGUAGCGGGGUGUCCCGUGUGGGGAAAGUGAAGUGAAAACUGGCCGCAUUGCAGCCGUGGAGCUGCUGGACUCAGUCACGCAGCAAUGGCGACUCCCAGCCCUACCAGCGGCAACUCGACAAGCUCCUCCAGCAGCAACAGCAGCAGCUCGAACGCAGGACCCACAGCCACGUCGUACCACCACCAGGCCCCGUCGCAGCACAUCACCACAGUGAGCAGCAUGCAGGAGACCAACACGUGCUGGAGAUGUCAGAAUGAAACAGGGUUUCAGAUAAACCUCUCUGGAGUGCCCCAAAGUAAACGUAGAGCACUGAAGUUAAAUUUUGCCAAUCCGCCAAUUAAACCCACUACCAGAAUCCACACACCUGGGCUUCCUUUUCAGAACCCCCACAUAGAGCGGCUGCGGACACACAGCAUCGAGUCAUCUGGCAAGCUGAAGAUCUCCCCAGAGCAGCACUGUGACUUCACUGCAGAGGACCUGAAGGACCUGGGUGAGAUUGGACGCGGGGCCUAUGGCUCUGUGAACAAGAUGGUGCACAAGCCGAGUGACCAGAUCAUGGCAGUUAAGAGGAUUCGAUCAACCGUGGAUGAGAAAGAACAGAAGCAGCUGCUCAUGGAUCUAGAUGUAGUUAUGAGGAGCAGUGAUUGUCCAUAUAUUGUUCAGUUCUAUGGGGCUCUUUUCAGAGAGGGUGACUGUUGGAUAUGUAUGGAACUCAUGUCUACCUCAUUCGACAAAUUCUACAAAUAUGUAUAUUCUUCAUUAGAUGAUGUCAUUCCUGAGGAAAUACUAGGCAAAAUAACAUUAGCUACUGUGAAAGCACUUAACCACUUAAAAGAAAACUUGAAAAUAAUUCACAGAGAUAUAAAGCCUUCCAAUAUUCUCCUAGACAGGAAAGGCAACAUAAAGCUCUGUGAUUUUGGCAUCAGCGGACAGCUCGUGGACUCCAUCGCAAAAACCAGAGAUGCCGGAUGCAGGCCUUACAUGGCGCCGGAAAGAAUAGACCCCAGUGCUUCCAGGCAGGGGUAUGAUGUCCGGUCAGAUGUGUGGAGUUUGGGUAUCACACUGUACGAGUUGGCCACAGGUCGGUUCCCCUACCCUAAAUGGAAUAGUGUUUUCGAUCAGCUGACACAAGUUGUUAAGGGGGAUCCUCCCCAGCUGAGCAACUCUGAGGAAAGGCAAUUUUCUCCCAAAUUCAUCAACUUUGUCAAUCUCUGUCUCACAAAGGAUGAGUCAAAAAGGCCAAAGUACAAAGAGCUCCUUAAACACCCAUUCAUCUUGAUGUACGAGGAGCGGACGGUGGACGUCGCCAGUUACGUGUGUAAAAUCCUCGACCAGAUGCCUGCUACCCCUAGCUCUCCCAUGUAUGUGGAUUGAUCGUGCACUGAGUUGCUGGGGCAGCCCUGAUGUACAGAAACAUGAUCAUGCAUUCAGAGUGUUUAAAAAAAAAAAAAAAAAAGGAAAAAAAAGAAAGUCCAAUCUCAAAAUGCCAUGUGCAAUAAGGUCAUUUCAGCUCUUCUGUUCUAUAGACAUUUACACAUAGAUGAGUACAUAUACUAGUUGUCUUGGUGGGAAACUUCUGAGCUUGCUAAAGUAGUCAUUUUUGGAAUUUGCUUAUUGUGGAAGAAAAAGGACAGUGUGGUAUGAGUGAGAUAUUGAAAGUAAUCAGUUGAUUUACUAUAAUCAGAUACUACAUGUCAAACGUCCACUUCUUGUGCUCACGAAACUUUAGGCAGCCUUGUGUAUGUCAAACGUUGCUUCACGUCCACAAUGCAAAAGAGCUCCAAAUUUUAGAGAAAAAUCGCAAAUGUUGAUGCAACAUUAAUUUUCCAUUUUAUGUAGCUGUU